AUGAAUAAAUAUUUAGCAUCUGUACUUUUUAUAAUUUUAAUACUAAAUAGUAUUGAUAUAAAUGCUGGAUCUACUAAUAGCAAAAAUAAUUGUACACCUGAUUUUACAAUAUCUUGUUCUCAUAAGUGUUGUAAAAAGAAAUUAGCAUUUAUUCAAGAAUGUUGGGAUAAUUAUAAAAAGUAUAGUGAAAUAAUUAAUGAGCAUAAAAGAAACGAAAAUAAUAUAAUUUACAGUUUAGAAGAAAAUAUGGAUUUAAUGGGAAAAGGAGAAUCUAUGCCAAUGUCUUUUCAAUUUUCUACACAUACUAUUAUUUUAUUUAAAUCAUGGGAAACCUUAAGUAAAGGAUCAUACUACAUCUCUUUGGUAGUUUGUUUUUUUUUUGGUUUAAUAUCAGUCAUGCUAAAAGUGUUUAGGUUAAACAUUGAAAGAUCAUUACCAAAAACAAAAGAUAGAAAUGUAUUUAAAAGCGAAACAUUAUUUAAAAAUAAUACUAUUAGAAUGAUUUUAGCUUUUAUCAUAUAUUCAUGGGAUUACUUAUUAAUGCUAAUAGUUAUGACAUUUAAUGUAGGAUUAUUUUUUUCAGUUAUUUUUGGUUUAGCUUUUGGAUUUUUCUUAUUCGGUAGUCAUUUUGUUACUUCUAAAAAAUGUGCAACAACUGAUUUAGAUAUUCACAAACAAUUUUAUGGCGAUCCAGCAUGUUGUGGAUGUUAA